UGUUAACAGAUAAUUCAGCUAUAUAUCUGCAGGAAGACGAAUCACAUUUCAUAAACAUGCCUUUCACCAGCACCAGCCGAUUGUACAAUGCAUUCUUGCUACAAACAAAUACUACGUAUGGUUUUCGAAUCGUGUUCCAAUAUUUGUAUCUCGAGUAUGAUGGUGAUGAAGUCCAAAUAGGGACAGGUAACGAUCCGUCUGACAUACAGUCUGUCAUCAAAACUAUCCAUGGAUAUACACGAUACGCUCCUGAUGAUCACUAUGUAGGUACUAAUGAGAUGUGGUUUGCUAUCAUAGCAGCAAAGAGUUUCACCACGGUUAGAAUCGACGUUGAGAUCAUCGCCAUUGACCUAUCAACCUUAUUUGAUUGUUCGAGCUCCAACAUGAGCGUGUCACCGACUGUCCUGUGCGAUGGGAUUUACCACUGCGAUCACUUCGAGGACGAAUUAGCAUGCAGUAAGUCAAAGCACAACUGA